AUGGACUGCUAUCAUCUUGGAUUGGGGAAGAUGCUACGCAUUUGGAGAGGAAUUCAAUGUGAUAACCAAACAGGGUAUGUUGUGCAACUUGAUCUUGGUAACAAGAGGCCUCUUCAUGACAUGUUUCAAUAUGGCCCACGUCUCGAGCCAUUGAAUGGAGAGAUCAAUCCAGCUUUGCUUGGGUUGAAACACUUGCAAUACUUGGAUCUCAGCAUGAACUUCUUUGGAGGUCUUGCAAAACUUCAACAUCUUGGCUUUUCUGCUAAUGAAUUCAGGGUUGAUCUUGGUUCACAAUGGGUGCCUCCUGUUGGCUUAAAUACACUGGCCAUGUGGAACAGUAAACUAGGACCGGGAUUUCCUUCAUGGAUUCAAAAGUUGGAGAAUCUCUCAGUUGCUGCUUUCUCAAAUGCUGGAAUUUCAGACACUCUGCCAGACUGGUUUUGGAACUUUUCGAAGAAUCUUCAACUUGUAGAUUUAUCAUAUAAUGAUAUCAAAGGCAAGCUUCCUGCUUCAUUAGAGCAUCUUUCUGAUCUUCGGUAUGUUGGUCUGAGUCGAAACUCAUUUGAAGGAUCAGUGUCACGAUUUCCUGCAAAUUUGGAGUACUUGCUUUUGUCUUCCAACAAGAUAGCGGGAAGGAUCCCAGAAACAUUAUGUUAUCUGAAGAAGCUGGCAGUUCUUGAUCUCUCUAAAAAUCAACUUAUAGGUGAAAUUCCUGAUUGCUGGAAUCAUUCUCUCCAACCAAAAUUAUCCACUUUUGAUCUGUCCGACAAUCAAUUAUCUGGAGGUAUUCCUACAACCAUUAGUUCUCCAUCCUUGGCUUAUUUGCAUUUGAACAACAAUAAUUUGUCGGGAGAGCUCCCUUUAUCUUUGAGAAAUUGCCGAGCAUUGAGGACUCUUGAUCUUGGCCAGAAUAAGUUAAGUGGAAGCAUACCUACUUGGUUUGCAAAGAGUUUAUUGAACUUGGAGGUUCUUCGACUCCGUGAUAACAUGAUUGUUGGCGAUAUUCCUCCUGAGUUGGGUAACCUUACCAAUCUUCGUGUCAUAGACUUUGCAUAUAAUCAUCUGUCAGGAACCAUACCAUACAAUCUUGGCAACCUUAGAGCUAUGAAAUUUGCUCCUAAAAUAUUCUAUAACACUAAGGUUGCACUUGAGAUAUAUGAUAAAAUCUCCUUUGAUUAUAUUGACAACAUGGAAAUUCUUUACUUGGUAUCAAAUAAACUUCUCAUAGGCUACAUGGAUAAUGUCAAUGUGAAUUUGAAAGGGAGGGAUGUUCGAUAUGAUAAGCUGCUGCCACUUCUGAUAUCCAUUGACCUCUCAAGAAAUGAGUUAUGUGGGGAGAUUCCUGAAGAACUAAUGUAUCUUUCUUAUUUGCAAAAUCUGAAUUUAUCUGGAAACCAUUUGAUGGGAAGAAUUCCAGACAAGAUCGGCCUGUUACUGAGGUUAGAAUCACUUGAUUUAUCAAAGAAUGAUCUUUCAGGGGCUAUUUUGACAACAAUGAUCACGCUAUCUUUCUUAAGUCAUCUAAACCUAUCAUAUAACAAUUUAUCUGGAAAAAUUCCAGACAGUGGGCAGUUUCUAGCACUUCCAGACCCAUCUAUCUAUUUUGGAAACUAUGCUCUUUGUGGCUUUCCAUUGGAUAACGAUUGUGAAAAUGUCGACAAACCACCCGGUGUAAGGUACCCUAAAGAUGAAGAUGAGGCAGAGAAGAUAGGGUUCUAUAUGAGCAUUGCCUUGGGAUACAUUCUUGGGUUUUGGGUGCUUUGGGGUGUGUUGCUGCUCAACAAGAAAUAGGGAUUUGCGUAUUUUCAAUUUGUUGACUAUGUGCUGUAUGCUACUCGAGAUUGUCUUUGAAAGUGAAAAACCAGUAUUCUGUAGAUGUAUAAAUAUGGUGCCAAUACUCACAAGCAUGUCAUCGUGUGUGUAGCUUGGUGGUAUGCUUAUGCGUUCCACGGUUGUACAAAUAAUGUAAAAUGAUGUUAUAA